GCCUGUGCCUCCUCGCGCUGACCUGCUCACAGCAUCAGUAGUUCCCUGAUUUACAGGGGCCGUCUGCUUAGAAUCACUGCAGUGAUUAAUUUUGAUUUUUUAGCUCUCAUGUCCCUGCCUGCAGGGACCAAUCCAGUGACUUCAGACUUAAAAAUAUAAGGGCCUUUAAUUGCAAUUAGGAUUAGGUUCUGCUGUCCUACUGGACAGUGACUUAAAUGGGUUUUUACAUUUAUUUCAGGUGGAUCGUACACACUACUCAGCACUGUUUAAGUGUCUCCUAAGUUUCAGAAUGCUUAAAUAUCACUCUCCUUCAAAUAUUGAUAUACCUUUCCUGAAGAAAAUAAGGCAAGGAGACCUGCUCCUUUUGGAUGCCUUUAUUACGUGAUCAGGUCUGGGUGGAGGCCAAAGGGGUUGUGCACACUGCCGCUACUUCCUUCGUUGACACAGACAAAGACAUGGACAGUUUUGCUUCACAGCAGAACUGGGGCUUCUGUCCUCACAGGAGUGCCGAGGAAGACAGAUGUUUGGCUCGUUGUCUAGGGUCCUCAUUCUAACCCACUUCUAGUCAGGUCACAGUGAUGUCUAAAACCUUGCUGGGGGAGUUGGAGGACACUUCUCACUAGGAUGUUUCCUGGCGCCAUUUUGGGGAGCAGCGGAGGCAGUACCCAACAGAUGCAACAAGGGUACCGCCAGCAAGAACCUGAAAGCUUGCACCCUCUAAUGGAAAACAUCUUUCAGCACUAAUAACAUAAUAAGAACAAAUUGGGCAAUGAUCACACAUAAACCAGGAUGGAUUGCACCCCGGGAAUACCAUCUCCAACAGUUUGUUCAAGUGAAUAAACACAAACCCUGGAUUGAGACGUCAUACCACGGAAUCAUAACUGAAAACAAUGACACUGUGAUUUUGGACCCUCCUCUGGUUGCUUUGGAUAAAGAUGCACCUGUUCCCUUUGCAGGUGAAAUUUGUGCUUUUAAAAUCCAUGGGCAAGAAAUGCCCUUCGAGGCUGUUGUGCUGAACAAGACAUCUGGAGAAGGUUGGCUUCGAGCAAAGAGUCCCAUUGACUGUGAGCUGCAGAAGGAAUACACAUUCAUCAUCCAGGCCUAUGACUGUGGAUCAGGACCAGGUGGAACAAACUGGAAGAAAUCUCACAAGGCAGUAGUCCAUAUCCAGGUUAAGGAUGUCAAUGAGUUCUCCCCCGCAUUCAAGGAGAGCAUGUACAAGGCCUCAGUGACAGAGGGGAAGAUCUACGACAGCAUCCUGCAGGUGGAAGCCACAGACGAGGACUGCUCCCCCCAGUACAGCCAGAUCUGCAACUACGAGAUUGUCACCACAGAUGUUCCCUUUGCCAUCGACAGGAACGGUAACAUCAGGAACACCGAGAAACUGAGCUAUGAUAAACAGCACCAGUAUGACAUAAUGGUCACAGCUUUUGACUGUGGGCAAAAGCAUGCAACAGAAGAUGUCUUGGUACGAGUUAAUGUCAAACCUGUGUGCAAACCAGGCUGGCAAGACUGGAACAAACGGAUUGAAUACAGGCCUGGCUCUGGCAGCAUACCCUUGUUUCCCAGCAUCCACCUAGAAACAUGUGAUGGACCAGUGUCCUCAAUCCACACCACCAUUGAACUGCAGACCAAUUACAUCGGGAAGGGCUGUGAUCGUGAAACCUACUCUGAAAAAUCUCUGCAGAAAUUAUGUGGAGCUUCCUCAGGUGCCAUUGACCUGUUACCAUCUCCCAGUAUAACAACCAACUGGACAGCUGGGCUCCUCAUGGAUAGCAAUGACAUGAUUUUUCAAUUUGAUGGAAAGCAAGGAGCCAAAAUCCCAGAUGGAAUAGUCCCAAAAAAUUUAACUGAUCAAUUCACCAUCACUCUGUGGAUGAAACAUGGACCUAGUCCUGGAUUAAGAGCUGAGAAGGAGACUAUUCUCUGCAACUCUGACAAGACAGAGAUGAACCGGCACCACUACGCGCUCUACGUGCAUAACUGCCGCCUCGUGUUUCUGCUGCGCAAGGACUUCGACCAGGCCGACACCUUCCGCCCCGCUGAAUUCCACUGGAAGCUGGACCAGAUCUGUGACAAGGAGUGGCACUACUACGUGGUCAACGUGGAGUUCCCCGUGGUGACGUUGUACAUGGAUGGGACAACGUACGAGCCGUACCUGGUGACCAACGACUGGCCCAUCCACCCCUCCCACAUCGCCAUGCAGCUCACAGUGGGGGCUUGCUGGCAAGGAGGUGAAGUCAUCAAGCCCAGGUUUGCUCAGUAUUUCCAUGGCAGCCUGGCCAGUCUGACAAUACGGCCAGGGAAAAUUGAGAGUCAGAAAGUGAUUUCCUGUUUGCAGGCCUGCAAGGAAGGUCUCGAUAUUAAUUCUCUUGAGAGUCUUGGCCAAGGAAUAAAGUAUCACUUCAACCCUUCCCAGUCAGUCGUUGUCAUGGAAGGAGAUGACAUUGAGAAUAUAAAUCAAGCCCUCCAAAAGGUCUCAUACAUCAACUCCAGACAGUUUCCUACUGCAGGCGUACGACGUCUCAAAGUCUCAUCUAAAGUCCAAUGUUUUGGUGAAGAUGUCUGCAUUAGUAUCCCAGAUAUAGAUGCCUAUGUAAUGGUAUUUCAGGCCAAUGAGCCCAAGAUUACCAUAACUGGGAUGGACCAUUUUGCUAGACCAGCUGCACAGUUUGAAAGUGAAAGAGGUGUUAUUUUGUUACCUGACAUCAGGAUUGUCAGCACAGUCACUAAAAUGGAGCAUUCAGGGGACUUAAGAGAACAUGACAGAGCCAAUAAACAAGUGGUAGUAGAGGAAAUGCUCCACAACUUGGAUUUCUGUGAUGUUUUGGUCAUUGGUGCAGAACUAGAUCCUGAACAAGAGUGUUUAGAACUAGAUCAUGGGGAGCUUCAAGAAAAACAUCUAGAUGCCACAAAUUCCACUGCAGGAUAUUCAAUCUAUGGUGUGGACAGCAUGUUCAGCUACGAGCAGGUGCUGCGGCGGCUCCGCUACCGCAACUGGGGCACCUCGGCCACCUCAGACAGGAAGUUCAGGGUCAAGUGCUCUGAGCUCAACGGGCGUUACACCAGCAAUGAAUUCAACCUGGAGGUUAAUAUUCUACACAGUUCCAACUCAAACUUCAUGGACCAUGUAAAUCACAUGAUAUUCCAGCCCCAGUUUCUCCAAUCAGUUCAGCACCCUGAGGGGAGUGUAAGUGCAGUUCACAGCUCAGUGGUUCCCAGCGUGGCCACAAUCGUUAUCAUCAUCUGUGUGAGCAUCCUGGUGUUGGUCGUAACGCUGGGUGUGUUCCGGCUCCGCUCAGCCUGUCAGCACGGCUCCCUGAGGCACGAGGGAACCAAGGAGAGUGAGAUGGACUGGGAUGACUCUGCUCUCACCAUCACUGUCAACCCCAUGGAGAAAUAUGAAAAGCCACACCAGACAGAAGAGGAGAGUGAGGAAGAAGACAUAGACGAUGAAGAGGAAGACACAACCAGCGCUGAAUCAGAUGAUAGUGAAGAGGAGGAAGAGGAGGAGGAGGAAGUGAUUGUCCAAAAGGGAGACAAACAGAAUGCCACUAGGCAAGAGCAGUUGGAGUGGGAUGAUUCAACACUCCUCUACUAACAAACAGCCCUCCAGCCACAGCUCUUUUGUAACAACCAAUACAAUGUUUUUUCAGAGUCUAUGAAUUCAUUAACAGGAUUUGAACUUCUGCUUGCCUAUAACUGUUUUGCCUAAAAUGAUCUUCUUGUAGUAAUUGAUAUUGAUAGAACUGACCCUUUUCUUACAAAGCCUGGAGGAAAGGUGGUACAAACCUCCUGGCACAUAAAGUAAUCCAGAACUUGAUCUGUUAGCAAGCAUAAUCCUCAAUUUCCUGUUUCUACCCUGCAGAUGUGUGACAAAAGUCCUGUCACUCGAUCCAUACAAGUUUUUGCCUUUGCUACUUUUUUCCACACAGGAGAGAUUUCAGCUUGUUAUGUAGAAUAACUUCUGUAGGUCUGAAUGCCAUAUAAAUUCACAUUUUUACAGGUGUAAAAAAACAAUCCACCUUCAAAUUGGAGCAGGGCUUUAGUGCUACAGGGGCUAAAUUCCAUCUAUCAUCUUGUCCUGCCUUUUGGAUGAUAACUGUCUUCUGCAAGGAAAUAUCUAGGACUUGACAGGGGAUGCAUGUGUGCUUAUGUAGACGUGGAUGGUGUAUUUUUUCAGGCAUGCUGUCAGACCCUCAAGAGAGGGAUUUUUAUCCAAUCUACCAAUAGAAAUUAAAAACAAGUUUAAGAAAAACAGCAACUAGAAACGGCUGCUGAAGGUUAUUAAAAAAAACCCCCAGUCUGUGUCCACAGAUUGAGUAAUAUGGUCUUAUGCAAACUGUAAAUUCUGAUGGGAUUGAUUCACUGAAAAUCUGUAGAGCUGCUCAUUAGUUAUGGAUUGAGCAAUUUGCAGAAAAUCAAUGCUUUAAACUGUCUGUCUCAUGGAACCAUUAGCUUGCUGCAGCUUCUUACUGAACUAGUGGAAAAUAAGUGACCCCAUUAUUCCAUAGCUAUGUAUGGCUGGGAUUUAAGCAAUUAUUUUAGAUGAGGAAAAUGUUCUCUUUUGCUUAGUGAGUACCAGCUGGAAUUCCUGUCUGACUAUAUUCUAUAAAAACAUGAUGCCCUAUUUCUUCUGUACCCCUGCCUGCCUGUAGUGCACAAGAGAAAGGAACAACACUGUAAGCCCUCUUCUGUGCUCAUAAUUCUCCCUUAUUUCUUCUGCCUGAAGCCAUUAAUGUUGAAAGGUUUUAUAAAGUAGACAAGGAAAAAUAAAACCUACUUGGAACCAAAAUAAUUGAAAACAAAAACUAAAAUCCUAAGAGGUUUAGGAGUAUUUUCAUUUGUUAUGGUAACACAGCAUAUUUUUCUUAAACACUUAAGAAACACUUUUUCUUAAACACUUUUCUGUUUAAAAAGAAAAAAAAAAAGAAAAAGCAGAGCACAUAUACCAUGUGUUGAUUAGUCUGUGUGGUGUGUUUUUGUGGUUUUGGUCCCCUUUUGCUUAAGUACCUUUCAACUGCUCUGCUUACCAAAUGCUGCAGCACUUGCUGGGGUAGCUGCUCCAAUGCACAGAAACAAAGUGGCAUGGAAGAGAAUGGUGCCUAGUGGCUUGUCUGGGUUAUUUUCCUGAGUACUUUGUUUUCUUUGCCAUUUCAUCUUUGGCUUUUGCUUUUUAAAUCUGCUGUUUGAAAUGAGCUGCUCCCUCUUCUCCACACUCCCAGUCAGUCUUGCCACAACAGGAUCUUCCUGAGCACCCUGAAUGGUGGUCAGCGUUGCAAAGGGUACUUGGAGCAAUCUUGAGGGUUCCCACCUCCCUCAAUACUGGAUUAUUAACAGCUCCUGAAUGUUGUGGGUAUAUAGUGUGCUUGGGGGUUCUUGUCAUUCCAGUUUCUGCAUUUGGUAGCUGAAGGGAAAUACUGACAGAAACUAGGCCCUUUAGUUGAAUAUCUAGAAAGUAAAUGAAAGAAAAAUCUAUAUUAAUUUUAAAAUUAGAGAUAUUAAUGCUUUUAUUUGUUGUGCCAGAAAUCACAUUGUCACGUGGUUGUUAAGAUUGGCAAUACAGCAGUUUUCUUUUGUUAUCAUUUCUGUUUAAUUUUAUUCUCUCACACAUAUUAAACUUAGAAGAAUAUUUGCAGAAUCAAGGCCACAUGAAUAUAUCUUAUCUGGAGAAAUAACAACUGUAAAAAUGUCCACAAUUUCUUUUUAAUACAAAAUAAAUAUUAAUAUUUCUGAUUAUCUUGAACAAAAUGUUAUGUGAGAUCAGUUCCUACCAUCCUAGUAUCCUAGAUAAUUUCCCAGUUUUAAUUUUUUAGUGACAUGCAGCAGGCUCUUCGUGAUGCUUGUUAUCAGCACACAUCAGCAAAUCUUUCCGCUCAGGAAAAAAAAGAUUCAAAAUUAAAUGUAGAUAUCUAACAGUCAAUUUCAGAUUUAAAACUGGACUUAAAUUAUUUUAAAGUUUCUGUUAUUAUUGUUGUUGUUGCUGUUGCUGUUAUCAUAGCAAACAUUAGGGCAACUUGAAAACAGCAAUUUACAACCUUAUUGACAACCUUUAAUUCUUUUAUAUGUUUGUGAAUUCAUCAGUGUGUUUCUUCAUCUAAUAGACUUUUUUCCCUACUGGAAGCAGAUCUUUUCAGGCUGUACUCGUACAUUACACAAAAAGGAAACAAAGUAUUUUCUCUACUGUAAAUAAACCUACAUUUUUAAACCUAAACAAAGUCAUAUAGGCAUGUGUGUUAUCACCAAAACUUGGUUUGCAGUAAGAUACUCAGCAAACUCAAAUGUAUCACUGUACUUAUUUUAGAUUACUCACUGGAGUGCAUUAUGCAGCAUUUUUCAUUCAAAUAAAUAGAAACAUCCUUUUCACAGAAUGGGAGUGAGAAUGAGGUACUUCUUCACAAAAUGGGCCUUAGAAUAUUUGUAUAGCACUGAGAGCAGUGGUUUCCUGAGCAAAACUACGACUAGAAAAUCACAGAAAUAGCAAUUUUUCUAAAACAAUUCUAAAAAUAUUGCCUCCCCUCCAGAAAUUAUUUUUUUGUAUAACCUACUUGCUUAAAAACCAUGUAUACAUGCAUACAUACAUAAGGACACGCACAUGGGGGUUUUUUGCCCCUAAUCAAAAGCCAAAAUUCUCUCCUUUUCUCCCUGAAAAAAGUGUUUAGAAAGUGUUUAGAAUGCUGUAAAACCAUUCAGGUUGGAAAAUAUCUCUAAGAUCAUUGAGCACUGCCAAGCCCACUCCUAACAUGUCCCCAGGUCCCCCAUUCACGUAUCUUGGAAUUCCCCCAGGGAUGGUGAAUGUGCACUGCCCUGGACAGCCUCUUCCAAUACCUGACUAUCCUCUCAAUGAUGAAAUUUUCCCCAAUAUUCAAUCUAAACCUCCCCAGCACAUUUCAAGGCUGUUUGCCCUUGUCCUAUCACUUGUUACUUGAAAGGAGAAACCCACCCCAGCUGGCUGCAGACCCCUCUCAGGGAAUGAGAGGUCAUUCUUGGAGAGAAUGAAAAGGCCCCUCCUGAGUCUCCUUUUCUGCAGGCUGAGCCCCCCCAGCUCCCUCAGCUGCUCUUCAUCAGCCUGGUGCUCCAACCCUUCCCUAGCUCUGUUCUUUUCCAAGGACUCACUGCACUGCAGUUCCUCAGGGUCUGUCUUGUGGUGAAGUGGCUUGCUUUUUUUUUUUUUUAUUUUUUACACUAGCAAUAAACAGGUGUAUCCAAUGAAAGUAGUUCUGAAGAGGCAACCACAAUCCAUGGUAUCAGGAAUGCAGAGUGCAGAGGUGACAACAAAGGUCUGAAAUGACAUCACAUCAAUGAUCCCUUAAAUUUUUGGAGUUUUAAUCUAAGGCUGGGAAAAGCUGUAAAAUGUACAAAUGGAAAUUGAAGAUGUUAUAUAACUUAAUAUAACUGCCUAGGUAGCUAUUUGUGAUUAAUAGCUCCUAUUUCUCUUUCAUUUCUACCCCCUCCAUAGGUGUUUUAUCUUUCUCAAGUAAACCUUAAAAUGCACAGUUAAGUUUGUUAUCAAUAUUUACUGCAUGGCCUGACACAUCCAGAAAUGGAAGUAGGGUUUGUCACAUCUUUAAUACUAAUUAAAAUAAAUGGUUGCUAUUUUUUCAUUCCAACACAUAAUACCAUUCAGUGGUGGUGGGACUGCUUUUUACCUCACCAGAGGCUAAUGGGAGGGAGGAAUUUAUUUUUGUCUGACAUGUGGUGGUGCUGAGCUUGCUGAGCAUCACCCUUACUCCAUUCUGGAACAAAGUAAGGAUCAGAAAGGAUCAGAGAGUUCUAAAGUUCCUUCUGUGAUUGAAAUCCACUGUCUCCAUUGCAGGAGCUGUCUCUUCCUGACCCUAAACUGAAAAUAAUGCCACGGGAAAUCAGUAGCCCCAUGUGAAGGAUGGGCAGAGGGUAAUGCAGUAGCAGCCCUUACUUCACUGUGGCAAAGCCUUUUGAGCUUUGAUAAAAUAUAAAUAAUAAAUAAUUUGUGUCUCAGCGGUCCCUUUCCCCAGCUGGAGGGAGCUUUACUUGCCUCCCUGGUAGGGGUCCUAGUGCACUGGGACACAACACUGCCUCUUCUCAAAGUUUUGGUGCCAGCACACACAGCUCUCCACAGAGCAGCACCAGGGAAGAAUUUACUGGGGUGACAGCAGGUACAGGUCUGGUGGGAUGGAGCUGUUCACAGUAUCCUGGAAUAGAAAUAAUAAUACCAAAAUUAAGGAUGUUUGCAAAAACAUAUGGAUACUGAGAGAGGGAGACUAAACUGAGUACGUCUCCUCUAAGGGGCUUUCCCUUCCCUUAAUUCACACAUGCUGACCAGAAUAAGUAUCUCAAAACUAGUAUAACCCCAGUCUCAGGGGGGAUAUCAGGUUUUAUCAGGUUCUGCCUUAAGAACUGCUUUCUCCCUUUAAGCAGUUGCUUAAAGUAGUUCUACACCAAGUGAGUAAAUCUAAGGAGAUAGUAGAAAAAAAAAACCCAAAUGACAAAAUAUAAAUUUUUCUUCAGCAAAAAAGAUUGCUGAAGAAAUCAAACCAUCUCCUAAGUCACUAAAUCUAUUCUUGUUGAUUGUACAUAAUCCUGUGCUGUAUAAUCUCCCUCAUGUCUCAGCCUCACCAAUGGCAUUAGGUUUUCCCUCUCAGCACAGCAGAGGAAGCUGCCAGGCCUUGUUCCUGCACGGCCUCACUGCCCCCAGAGCCUGCAGAGCUCACAGCAUUCCAGUUCCACUGCAAACAGCCAUGGGAACAGCAGCCAGCCCAUCCCUUAAAGACUUUGGUGUUCCCAGAGAAACCCACACUCCCAUGCACCAAACCAUUACACUUUGUAAUAUUUUCUACAGCACCCAGAAACUGUGAUCUUGUACAGUCUUUGUACGCUGGGGUCAAAUGGGUUUUUUUUUAAAUAAAGAAAGGCAUAACAAGCAAUGUGUGAGAAGUGAUGUAAACUGAAAUGGAUCAGGUUCCCUAAAGCUGCAUGUCUCAGAUUGUGUAUCCAAUGAUCAGACUUCUGGUUGCUGGACUCUCCUGGAAUCCAACUUCAUUUUUGUUAGCAUGGAGAAUAAAGAUACAAAGAAUAGAGAUAACCACUAAAGAUACAGCAGAGCAAAAUUCAUACUCUCUUAACAUGCCCAAUCUCAAGAAAUACUUCUGCUAAAUAUAUUAGGAGAAUUACUCCAGUGAUAUCUCCUAAAGUAAUUAUAAUUCAUCACCUUUGUAGGAUUAGCAAGGUUGAAGCCUGGUAUGUUCUUUUUGGUUUUGGUUUUCUCUGAAAAAGACAUGGUCAUAAAUUAAAAAUACACAACACUUGAACAGUGCAAAAACAAAAGGGACGCAAGGGCUUUAAUUUCAUAAGCCUCUGUCUAAGAUAGGGGUUUAAAGUAAUAAACAACUGUAGCCCUCAUUAUUGAAACUUAGCAGAAUAAAAUGAACCCAGGAAGUUUUGUAUGUUCAUGACUUCAUUCCUGGUGAUGAAAAGGCAGGCACCAGAGCAGGUACCCCUUUUCCCUAGAGGCAUUUUACUGCCUUUGGAGUAGGUAUUGCUAGCGGUUUUCUCAUUAUGGUUUCUGUGUCUCUGCUGGCAACAGGAACAGUGCUGCUAGCAUCCUUUGGAACAGCCCUGUUAAAGAGCCUGGUGGUGAACCAAAAUUCAAUAAUUCUCCUGCAUCCUGCUGUCAGCCCUCUGUGGUGGAGCACUCCAAACACAUGCGGAGGGAAAGACACAAUGGUUACAGUGGAGAGCUCUGGGCUGGUGCUUCAUUAGUUACUGCCUAUAAAGAAACACCCUCAGCAGCAUGAAGCACCACAAAUGUGUGAAACAGAGUUCAGGAAAAGCCCUCAUUCUUAUUUUCAGUACUAGCUUAUGGGGAAGUUGUUCAUUCAUCAGCUGUUGAAGCAACAUGCCCAUGUAUUGUCACUGUGUCUGUGCUGAGAACGAAGAAGCAGCAGAAUUUUUUUUUUCUAGUUAAGUACAUUGUACAAUAAAAGAGUACUGCUUUCCCUGGGCAACGUGCCCAAACCUUGCCAAAUGCAAAGAGGAGCUGUUCCCAAAUAGGGAACAAAGAUUUUACAAUGGUAUUCCAUCCUUAUACUUCAGACACCCAGAAAACUUCAUGGGAGUAAAACGCUUUUCUGCAGCCCUACCUAUUCCUUUUGUAAACCUGGAUACAGUUUGGGGUUUUCAGAGUCAUUUAACUUCCCAGCUGGGUAUAAACUUCCCCGCUUUCAGGUGUCCUUUGGUGUACUAAACCAUAAAACUGUUUUUGUCUGAAGGUUUCAGGAUAUACUAGGGGCGGGGGGCGGGCAAAAAGUUAUUAAAAUUACAAUGUCUUUUUUUUUCUACUCCUGCCUCCCCUAAAUAUUUAAACAGAUACAAAAAAUUUGAUCAGACAACCCUGCCUGACCAAGUCUGUGACUAUAAUGACAUUUCAAACCUCUACUGAAAUUGGCAACAAAUCUUUGUCUACAAACUGCUUCAUGUGCAGUAGAGGAGAAGGUGGACCAUUGUUUUAACUGGGCAUGCUCUUUAGAAUGUGGAACAGAUCAACCACAGUCAGUUUCAUUAGAAAAUCAAAUUAUUAUCUAAGGAAGAGUGAACAGGAAAGUAGAAGAGAAUACUGCAUGAAUAACAGAAAGAGUUAAGGUUUACAGUGAUGUGAAAAAAGUAGAAAUUUGAUCUUGUAGAAAAGACAGAGACAUAAAAGUGUCAUUGUCAAAUAGUAAGGCAAUGGAAACAUUUUCUGUUUCUGUGCCAGAACUGAUACUGUCACGAUGAACAAGAAAGAGAAUGAAUGUGGGAUGUUGAAGGGCUCUGAGAUGACCAGACACAGAUGUAGAACACACAUAUGUAUGUUGCAUACAUACACAUGCGUGUGUACAAGAAAAUCACAGAAUGAUGCCCAUGGGGAGGUGAUGGCUGUGGUGAUGAAGGAGAAUUUGCAGGUUUUUAGCCUGGUUGAUGCUGAAGUUGCCUUCUUGAGUUCCAGUUACAGCACCUCCAGCAGAGCUGGGAAGGGAGCAGGCCACGAGAGGUGUUGCUACAGUGUUUGUGCAUUAAGUAGAAAAAUUUAGAACCAUGGCCAGCCCAGGGGGCUUGGGGAAAACAUUCUGUCUGCUGUGACUGGAGUCUGAGGGUACAGUUACCACACAGUUUAAUUUGAGAUAAGAAAUGGAACUUUCCCCACAGACACUUGUUGAUUAGUUUUAGAGAUUUUCUACAACAAACAUACUUCAUGGGUUGAUGAGGAGCUGGAGAUACCCAAGGCAGACUAUAUUCCAUAUUGAAAAGGCCCUCAAGUAAUUUUUUUGUAGUGAUACAAUCUCCUAAGUGGCCACACAGUUACAAAUCCUGAUUUUUGAAAAUAUACAUAAUAGAAAACUUUUUAAGGAUAACAAGCAUCCCUGUGCCAAUCUGAGAGCUGAAGUUAUUGCCUCUAUUCUCAGAAUCAACUACUGGCACAUUUAUUUUUGGCCUCUCCAGAAACUAAUGUAAAAGUAUGAGGUACAUCUGAAAAGAGAUGGGGUUUUUGUUACAAAUACUGCACCACCAGUUGAGUAAGUUUUUGAUUGUGCUUAACAGGCAAUUCUGUUCAAAGGAUCAUCAUGACAGGGAUGGAAAGAUACACCAGAGUGUAUUAUUGCUUUGCAGGGUAAUACACAUUGUGGGUGGGCUUCCUGAGAACUGUUUCAUUUCAACUUCAGUGUAUUUCAAAGUUCAUAGUAGACUCAUCAAAUCCUAGAAAUAAAGAUUAGUAGACAAAAGGAAAAAGUAGUGCAAGUAGAGUAUUAUGCUAACAGUGCAGAAUUAUUUCCUAGAAUAUAUUUUUUAGUGUUAGGGGUCAACCUACUCAAAUCUUUCUAAGCCUGGGGCUUCUACUGCUUCCCCUGGGAGAUUGUUUUAGAGUCUAUUCGAAUCCACGAUUAGAAAGCCUUUCCUGAAAAUUAAUUUAAAUAAUCCUUUUUGUAAUUUUUAUCUCAUUAGUCCUAGUUAUACCCUUUUGCACCAUUAAAUAGUUCCUCUAACCAUGAUUUAUAUCCUUUGAAUAUUUUUAGAUAGUUACCAAGUUCAUUGCCUGUGGUAAUUUACUAGAGAAGCUGUGAACCCCUCCUCAUCCCAAUUCAUUCCUUCAGUUUUGUAUUUCUUACCUUUUCAUGAAAUGUCCUUAAUGGACACACUAAAUCCCUUAGUAUUUCCUUAAAUGAGUCACAGUCAGUUCACUCUGUUAAGGUGUUCUGUGUUGCUGCUGUCACUGCAUAAGUUGUCAAAGUUUAAACAAUAAAUUUAAAUUGAAACUUGAUUUUAAAAAAAUCUUUUCUGUAAUCCAUGGAUAAGUUCUCAUAUGAUAUUAAUUUGGCAGCGUCUUUUAUAUGGGUAUGAUUUAACAAAGCCAACCAAUAAAUGCUGCAGCCAAUGAAACAAUAAUACAAAGUAUAAUUUGUUAAAACUUAAGUUGCUGUCAUUAAUGUGAAAACAGACAUUGUCAUUUAUGGGUCCAUGUUUUUAAGUGUCCCUACACUAAACAGCAGCUAUUAACCAGUACUUUCACUUAAGACAGGUAAUACUGCUUCUCCUCAAACGUCAACAGAUUGCACCUACUUUCUAAAAUAAAUUCUCAAGAUUUCUAGAUAGGCGCUAACUGCUGCAAAUAAAUAGAAUUGUGCCAACUCUUCUGAUUACUGCCAUGCCUACCCUUAUAUUGCACAUUUGUGAUCCAUUUCUGGUCUCUGGCUGGCAUGAUGACCAUGUGGUUUGUUAUCAAGCAUGUCCCAAGCAAACCUGUGUUCGUUGGCUCUGAAGCCACACCGGCAAACAGGGAGGAUGUACAAAGGCAGCUUGGAUAUUUUUAUUGAUGUGUUUCUUUCAUCUGCUCCUGCCUCCUGUACCUGAACUCCAAACCAGAACUGAAAUCCUUCUGUUUGAAGAGCCACUGCAUCACUUAAGAUCCAAGGGAAAUAAAAUUUGAUUUCUUCUUCAUUUGGGCUGUCUGCAAGGAUUGGUGUAAAGAGGAGAGCAGGAACAUUGAGGGUUCCAGAAGUGACUCUGCUUCCCUCAGCACAUCUCUGUCCCUGGUGGGUGUAAAUUGUGCAAACCAUAUUGUAGGAAAUGAAUUACCAGGAGUGGGUUUAGGUCACGUGAGCAAACAAUGACUUCCUUGGCAUUGGCUGUUUGCUGUCACUGCUCUACCUACCUUCCCCAAAUGAGCUAUGACAUGAGGAGUACCCAAAGUCUGAGGGUGGGAGGGGGAAGAUGAAUGAGCCUAUUCCUGAGCAAAGAGCUGUAAAACAUGACUUGUGAUGAGCCACAGGGCAGGAAUCAGACAUACACCCUGAAUAUUGCUGCAGUUUGGUGAAAGGGGUUGUUCUAGUUAGAUUUAGCUAUAUAGUUAUUAAACAUUUAAAUGUUACUGAGAGUGUAGGAUUUUGAAGAGCUGAGAAAUUAUCUCAUCAUGUUGAAUGUAACAGCUGUGUUCCAAUUGGCUAGGACAAUUCUAUUUCAUAUUUCAUCAUCCCUUGACAGUAAAAAUGGUAUUUCAUCUGUCUGCAAAAAUGUACAAUUUUUCCCACACAGUCCAUUGUUUCCCAGAUUGUUUCCAUGUUAGUGCAUUGGUUCUUGUUGAGGAGCAGUAACUACAGUUGGUAGCAUGUAUUUUGUGGCUUGGGAUUGCUUCCUAGCUGUCCAAAUUCUGUGUAGUUGUGGUCACUUCUAUGGAUAAUAAAAACUAUACCAGAGAAGGGAUUAAAUAAAUAUAUGCUGUAUGGUUGUACAUACAAUGGUUGUACUCCAUAAAUGUGUCUCAAACCAACAGACUAUUCAGCCCAGGAAAAAUGCCCUUACAUGAAAUAUCUUGUUGUUGAUGUGAAACAACCACAAACCAUAUCUUGAAAUGUCUUGUUGCAGAUGUUAAAUGCAUUUCUGAAAGCACGAAUCUACACAAUUUAUGCAGUACAAUGAAUUAAAUGACUAUAUGCAAUUGAAAAGAUUAAUAUGAAAUGAUUUUUUUAAUAUAGAUGAUUCAGCUGUUAAAAAAAAAAAAGAAAACCCAACCCUUUCUUAAUGAAAAUGUACAGUAAAUUUUGACAGACAGUAUAGUACACAAACCCUAACUUUACGUAGAGUAAGAAGUUGUACAAAAGCUCCUUCAUGCCAUAGUGGUGUAUUUCAUAAAAGUUGUUUCAAUUUGCACAGUCAUUUAUGAAUUCAAUAUUGUUAGUACCCAUAUGUUUUCCACAGGAGUGAUUAAAUGCAUAUUUCAAAUAGAUCUGUUAUUUUAAAAUUUGUUCUGUACAUCUGUACAUGUAUAAAGCCAGAGUAAUUUUUGUGGUCACUACAGCACUUUCUGUGAAUUGGCCAAUAAAUAUAAUUUUAGAAUUUCACAUAAAA